CCUUCCCACCCGCAGGCAUCAAAACGUGGUCAGUCGCCCCCACCGCGCAAAAGGUCUCCGCUAUCCUCGUCCCCUCCCUGUCUCCCUCGUCGGCGCUCCGCCCGCUUCGUGUUCCCUGCGUUCGCCGCGCGCGCGAUCGAUGGCGUCCGGCGACAGCAAGCCGAGGAGCGAGGAGGAGUGGCGCGCCGUCCUCAACCCCGAGCAGUUCCGCAUCCUCCGCCUCAAGGGCACCGAGUUGCCGGGAACAGGCGAGUACAACAAGUUCUAUGGUGACGGGGCGUACAACUGCGUUGGCUGCGGAACGCCCCUGUACAAGUCCACCACCAAAUUCGACUCCGGCUGCGGCUGGCCGGCCUUCUUCGAAGGACUUCCUGGAGCCAUACACCGGACGCCUGACCCUGAUGGUAGGAGGGUUGAGAUCACAUGCGCAGCUUGCGGUGGGCAUUUGGGCCAUGUGUUCAAGGGAGAAGGCUUCAAGACGCCUACCGAUGAGCGCCACUGCGUCAACAGCGUUUCCAUCAAGUUUACUCCUGCCUCCUCCUGAAUCCGGUUCUCGAGUCAUUUGGAUGAACUUGUGAAAACAAAUGCAUAAUAAUGAUUAGGUUCCAGAAUCCGUUUUCUCGGAGUUGUGUGGAUGAAUUCCCCUGAUCCGAAACUGCGGAAAGCGGGUAAAUAAAACAUUGUCUUGCAAGUUUCUACUGUUAACCAGACUAUAAUCUUGUACUCUCUGUUUCAAAAUAAGUGUCGUGGUUUUAGUUCAAAUUUAAACUAAAACCACAACACUUAGUUUAGAACGGAGGGAGGAACUUACAUUGUAGUGAACUGUGACCUAAUC